GCGGGCGGCGGCAUCAUGGCGGACAGAGACAGCGGCAGCGAGCAGGGCGGCGGCGGCGGGGGCGCGGCGGGCGCCGGGGGGCCGGGCUCGGGCGGCGGCGGCGGCGGCGGCGGCGGCGGCCCGGGCGGCGGCCUGCAGCACGAGACGCAGGAGCUGGCCUCCAAGCGGGUGGACAUCCAGAACAAGCGCUUCUACCUGGACGUCAAGCAGAACGCCAAGGGCCGCUUCCUCAAGAUCGCCGAGGUGGGGGCGGGCGGCAACAAGAGCCGCCUGACCCUCUCCAUGUCGGUGGCCGUCGAGUUCCGCGACUACCUGGGCGACUUCAUCGAGCACUACGCCCAGCUGGGGCCCAGCCAGCCCCCCGAGCUGGCGCAGGCGGCCGACGAGCCCCGGCGGGCGCUCAAGAGCGAGUUCCUGGUGCGGGAGAACCGCAAGUACUACAUGGAUCUGAAGGAGAACCAGCGCGGGCGCUUCCUCCGCGUCCGCCAGACCGUCAACCGCGGCCCGGGGCUGGGCUCCACGCAGGGCCAGACCAUCGCCCUGCCGGCCCAGGGCCUGAUCGAGUUCCGCGACGCCCUGGCCAAGCUCAUCGACGACUACGGGGUGGAGGAGGAGCCGGCCGAGCUGCCCGAGGGCACCUCCUUGACUGUGGACAACAAGCGCUUCUUCUUCGACGUGGGCUCCAACAAGUACGGCGUCUUCAUGCGGGUGAGCGAGGUGAAGCCCACCUACCGCAACUCCAUCACCGUCCCCUACAAGGUCUGGGCCAAGUUCGGCCACACCUUCUGCAAGUACUCGGACGAGAUGAAGAAGAUCCAGGAGAAGCAGCGGGACAAGCGCGCCGCCGCCGCCGCCGCCGCCGCCCCCCCCGCGGGCGCCGGGGCCGAGCCGCCCCCCGAGGCCGAGGCCGCCGCCGCCGCCGCCGCCGCCGCCGGGCCGCCCGGCGCCCUGCUGCAGGCCGAGGAGCCCGAGGAGGACUGACCGCCCGCCCCCCCGGGACGCGGACUGGCCCCGCCGCCGGCGGGAGGGCGGGCGGGCGGCGGGGCGGGGGGGCGGCGGCGAGAAGCCCUCCCCUCUGCCCGGCGCCCCCCCCGGCUGCGCCGCCCGCCCGGCGCCCCCCGCCGCCCGGCAGCAGCGCCUCCGACCCGCCACCCAUCGCUGGAUGUUCCUCCACUUUACCCACCGUAUCAAACAACUUUUACCAGUAAAUAUCGGUUUAUUCCUGAAACCAGAAGCCCUAAACAUACCUUUGUUUAUAAGGUCAGUUGUCAUUUUGUCUCUCUCGUUCCCCGCUCCCCCCCAGUACAAACCGGCAGGUGAUUGAAAGGUACCGAGUUUUCUUUCUAGUUUUCCUGCUCUGCAUCUCUGGGAACUGGAGCCCGCAGGACCUAGAGCCUUCUGUUGGUAACGUAGACCCGAGUUUACAAAUUAUUCUUUUAUCGUUUUAAAGCCUGCUUUUAAGGACAGAGGUGUUCCUGGCUGCCCACUACGGGAACUGGUAGGAACCCCUGCAAAUGCAUAAAUUGCUUGACCUCUCCAAAGCCAACGGAUAGGUCCCUCACAAGCAUCUUCAGGCUUGGGGCUGAGAAAAUAAUUUAUCCAAAAAUAUUCACUAAAAAAUGCCAUUUCUGUUUUACAGUGAGCAGGACUGGGGGAGGGAAGGGCGGGAAAGGAACUUGAAAAUUAUUUUCUCCCCCCCCCAUUUUUUUCUAAUUUGCUGCUAGAAAGCAAGUGUGAUGUGGGGAGGAGGGAGAGAAUUUGAAUGUUGCCCUUCCUAAAUUUGCUGUAAACUCUUCCCCCAAGGCUAGGAGAAAGGGCAAAUAAAAGGUCUGAUCCUUAAAAGGACAUUGCUAGGUGUCUGGGACCCCAAAAGCAGCUGGCGCUUUUUAAUGAGGGGAAUCACUUUAGGUCAUUUUUUCAGAGUUUUGGUUUAUACCAAGACAAAUUGACUUGGGAGUGUUGAAGCCUCCUUUUUUUUUCCGCAAGUGUUUGCGACCCAAACACAACAGCGUUAUGCUAAUACUCAAGAAACAGAGAAGCUGGUGAGGAAUAGAAAAUGAGUUGACUGCACAGUCCCAGCCAAUUUUUUUUCUCCCAAGCAAACAAAAUGCAAAAAAAAAAAAAAAACAAAAACACCAACCCAGCCCCAACACCCAAAAAACGCAACCUCCCAAAAAAGCAAGCCAAAGAGGAUCUCAAAUGCCUAGCCUGGUUUUAUUGUACAUGGUUGGCAAGAGCGUUUUUGGCAUAGCUGCAACCUAACUAUGUCCCUUUAAGGAGCACCAGCAGCUAAUUUCCUCCUAAUGAACCCAAAAGCUGAGGUUUUUGCAGUUUUUGAGUGCAGAUCAAAGCUCCUGCAGCCUUAGUUGGAGUCCAGAAUGAGGGGAGCCCUUCCAGCUGUGCACUUUGAGCUGAAAACUACCUUUCCUCCCCUUUUGCAGCCUGGGUGGUUCUGAUUGCUGGCAGUUCUGUAAUACAACUUUAAUCUGAGCAAUUGAGGCUGGUCCUACAUUAUCUUCAGACGUCUUGCGGAGGACUCCUGUUACCAGUUUGGUACUCAAAAGCUACACCCCACCAUCAGAAGUCACUUUUACUUUUUUUUCAAAGGCAGUGAUAGAUCACCCUCUCUAGCUCUAAUGGAAAAAUGAUAAUUGCAAUGCAACUUUCUAAUAAAUUGUUCAUAUAUUCAUAAUUCCGUUGCAAUCCCAAAUUGGAGAAGAGAUCUGUUAAAGGUAUAUAUUAGUCUAGAUUUUUUCUUAUUGUAAAUACUGUAAUUUUAUAAUACUGUCAAUAUUUUAUUAACUUAGAAAUAUUUAACAGAGUUUAAUCUAUGGUAGUUGAUUUAUUUAUAGGUUUAUGUUGCAGCCAAUAUUGCAUUACAUUCUAAUGUAAGAUUAACUUUCAGCGUGUAAACAUUGAUUUAAUAUACCAUUGGAAAGAUUAAGAGAGAAAACUCUCACUCUUAAUCUGUAAUAUUUAUCCCCCAGUUCCCAGUUUGGUAUUAUUUAACGAAAUAUUAGGAGGUUUCAAGAGCUCAUGAAUCUAACAACUGCUGGAUUUGAAAACUUGAAUUUUGAAAUGUACCUGGCUCUUUCACCCUGUGAACAAGUUUGCUUCAAUAUCUAAUCUAUAUAGUACGGAAGUCUUUAUUUUGAGCAAAGGGACACUGUCAGAUAAUUUUAGAUUCUUGUUUGGGGGAGGGGGGGGAGCAAAACUCACCCCCAGUGCAUGUGUGUUAAUUCCUUUUUAAUCUCAAGGGGAAAAAAUCUGUUUCUUGUUCAUUUGGGUAUUUGGCUGGAAACAUUCCCGCAGCAGUUUGCAUCUGUGCAGCCGGGGCUCGGGGUGGAAAUCCAGCCACUACGAGGAGUCUCUCCAGUCCCAGCGAGAGGCAAGAUGCCUGGCGGUGCUGCCACGGUCCUGCCAUCCCUGGCACCGACUGCAGUCGGAGCUCGGUGAGAUGGGUGAAAGUGCACACGGUCUAAAACUUGCCAAUUUUUGACCAAAGUUUUUGCUUGUUUUUUUAAAUUACUCUCUCUCUCUUUUAGCCUGAUGGUGUCCCUUUAACAGCAUAAAGAUGUUCACGUUCUCUGAAAAAACUUUAGAAAUUAUUUUCUUUUUAAGGCAGGGGAGAAUUGGUCUGUAAUAUGUUUGCAACGUAACUUGCAUAAAAAUACCAAAAAUAUAUCAAGGGUUUUCACGGGAGUUGGUAUUUUUUGAGUGUAAAAGUUAAUCUUUAUUAGAGAUGUGCCAAUCUAUACUGCUUUAUUGUAGUGUUGUUACACUUAGGCAUUUCAGUUAACUUACGAAUAUAUACUGUAACAGUAUACUUUGUACAGAUUUAUUUAAAAUUUAUUUGAAAACUGAAAUAAAGUAGGCAGAAAAUAAAGAUAUUUAUUUUUCAUUUGACUAUGUAAGAAGGUAUCAUUCUUUUGGUUUUAGUGCACUGGUGUACCAAGCCUCAGAACCACUGCUUUCUCCAGCUCAUAGGAUGCUUUUCCGAGACUGUGGAUACGUGUUUGUGUACUGCUGUGUUGAUAAGUAAAUGCCAACGAUGGAGUUCGUUGCUUUUAUACAUCCCAAAGAGAAGUUCUCCACCGUUCAUUUUCUGUUUUCUGACCGAAAAGGCGUGUGUUUGUGAACAGUGUUCACGCAAGUUCUGCCAUCCCACUCUCACAUCAGCUUAUACCAAUGCCAGGAUGGGAGGAUUUGCCUGCGUACCUUCCCCAAAACACCCCGGUCCGCAGUGGCAUCGUCAGGGAGCAGUUCAAAUGUGUGUCCUUUGGGCUUUGUGUAAAGCAAACGCAGAACAAGAAAAAUCGAGAUGUUAAAUCCAUUAGAAAACAAAUUCCUUAUUGUACAGUAGUAUGGAGAUCUCUAGUCAACCUGCCAUUAAUAAUAGAUUCUUAUUUUUUGAAUGAUCUAUUUAAAAGAACAGCAAGCAUUGUAUUUGCUAGUAAAUCUGAAGUGUUUACAUGGAAUUACUAAAUAAAUUAUUUGAUCUAA